UGAGCUCCUGUCACCAUACGAAUCUUUUAGAAACAGCAAGCCUCAGACCCCAGAUCUCGCUAGACGGGCAGUGAAGACAAGCAGCAAAUUCAGGUCUUCCACGACAGACGGAAGUUUCACCCAAAUAUGGAGCAAAUACACUCUAAAACCGUGGAAUAUGUGUCUCUUGACAGUUCUUGGUACUGCAUUAGCAAGCGGUCACCAUCUUUUCUACUUAGCCUUGACGGACAAGAAGCCACCAGCCAAUCUCUCAUGCUGCGAUAUGGUACAAUAAUUGCCUUUUGCGCUAAAGCAAGCCUAGGAACUGCUGUCGCCAUGGCCUUUCAGCAGCGAGCAUGGCUAAUCGCCCGCCAUAAGAUGGCGCGGCUCGAAACAGUUGAUGCGGUCUUCACAGCCAAUAACGACAUCUUUUCCCUCCUGACAUGGUCCUCCCUCAAGAACUCUAAGAUCGGAACCCUGCUCGCUCUUUAUUGUUGGAUUACACCGUUGGUGGUAGUUCUCACAGCUGAGACACUAGCUGUCGUGGCCGGAGUUACGGAGGAGCUAGUAUCGUGUCCUUCUGUCCGAACGCUAAAUUUUGACAAUGAGGCCAACUAUGACUGCCGUGAGAGACCAGUAAUCAAUGGAAGGACACUCCGAUCUGUGGCGCAUUUCAAUACUACUAGCAGGGAGACGAAGCCUAAAGACUUCAAUUUGACGCAUUUCGACUAUUGGAAUGCUGCGAGUACUAUGUACAGGUCUGUUGUGUCGAACAAGGCGGUCUUCAUGCGUGAACCCCUUGUGAGGGAUGAGUCAGCUGAGGAGGUCUGUUCGGAUGGCUGGAAUUGCACUUAUGUUGUUGAAUUUCUGGCGCCAGGGUACAAAUAUGAAGAGGUGGCUUCUGGUGUUGGGUCGAAGCCACGGCCUAAGGACUUGGAUGUCUUCAAAAAUGAGCCCAUCAUCUGGAUUGGCUAUUCGACUGUCAAGAACAUCAACGAGCAACAGCCAAAGAAUAAGGAAGAAAAGGGCUGGGAUAUAGCCUAUACGGCCGUUAUCUUCGGCUGUGAGCAUUAUCAAGUCAACUACACUGUUAGAUUCGACUACGUCAGAGGUGCCCAGUCAUACAAGAUUAAGAAACGUGAGUAUGUCAGGAAGGUAGUCAACACAACUCCAGUCUCAGAAAAUACCCCCGGAAAGACUUCAAAGAAGAUUUCGGUCCCCGAAAGUAACUGGGUUCAUCCUCAAGACUUUAAAGAGUAUUGCCGAACGGCUGUAUAUCACGUAAUCGGCAAUGGACUCCGACGAUAUGUUGGAGGAAGCGUCAACACAGCAACCAACAAAACAACGACAUAUAUUCUCCUCACAUCCUUGGGGGCUAAGAUAAACCCUCUUCCCAUCACAGACCUGCAUCAAGGUAUUCAGAAGCUUUACGAGGAUCUUGUCAUGUCCCUGUUUUCUGAACCAUCCUUUGUUGCUGUCGCUUGGGCGUCGAACGGGAAGCCAUCAGGGACUGGUAAGGGAGACGCAUCUACGAGGUAUCCCUGCCGUCAGCAAAGACAAACCACGCUCUUUGUUUGCAAGCAGGUUCAGCUAUUAUGUGUUUACGCAGCGAGUAUCUUAUUAGCAGUCAUCGGAGUAUUGGUUGGUAUACAAGCAUAUAGAGAAGCAGGCGUAAUGCUUAAUAUGAAGCCUUCCUCGAUUGUCGGUGCCUCAAAGAAUGGGGCGUUGGGUGCAGAAAGUGGUGAUGCUAGGACGGGAUAUGGUCUCGUACAAGACAGGGCUGAGACAAACCUCAGAGCUCCUGGAAGGGAAGGAAACAUAUCACAACAGCGGAGGCUAUAG